AUGAGGUCGGUUAGCUACGUACAGCGCGUAGCCCUAGAGUUCAGCGGGAGCCUCUUCCCACAUGCCAUCUGCCUCGGAGACGUUGACAACGACACGUUAAAUGAACUGGUGGUGGGGGACACCAGCGGAAAGCUGUCAGUGUAUAAGAAUGAUGACAGCCGGCCAUGGCUCACCUGCUCCUGCCAGGGAAUGCUCACUUGUGUCGGGGUUGGGGACGUAUGUAAUAAAGGAAAGAACCUGGUGGUGGCAGUGAGUGCCGAGGGCUGGUUUCACUUGUGUGACCUGACGCCUGCCAAGUCCCUGGAUGGUUCCGGGCACCAUGAGACCCUUGGUGGGGAGGAGCAGCGCCCAGUCUUCAAGCAGCACAUCCCUGCUAACACCAAGGUCAUGCUGAUCAGCGACAUUGAUGGUGAUGGCCGUUGCGAGCUGGUGGUAGGCUACACAGACCGCGUGGUCCGGGCUUUCCGCUGGGAAGACCUGGGCGACAGCACCGAGCACCCGGCGGGACAGCUGGUGUCACUCAAGAAGUGGAUGCUGGAGGGUCAGGUGGACAGUCUCUCGGUGACGCCUGGGCCCCUGGGUGUUCCCGAACUGAUGGUGUCUCAGCCAGGUUGUGCUUAUGCGAUUCUGCUGUGUACCUGGAACAAGGACCCAGGGGCACCCCCCACCUCUGAGGGACCCAUGGAGGGCACUCGGGAGACCCCGGCUGCCCGGGACGUUGUGUUGCAUCAGACCUCCGGCCGCAUCCACAACAAGAACGUCUCCACUCACCUCAUCGGCAACAUCAAGCGAGGCCACAGCCCUGACAGCGGUUCCUCUGGCCUUUUUGCCCUCUGCACCCUGGAUGGCACCCUGAAGCUCAUGGAGGAGGCGGACAGGCUGCUGUGGUCGGUGCAGGUGGACCACCAGCUCUUUGCCCUCGAGAAACUGGAUGUCACGGGCAACGGGCACGAGGAGGUGGUCGCCUGCGCCUGGGAUGGCCAGACGUACAUCAUCGACCACAACCGCACCGUUGUCCGCUUCCAGGUGGACGAGAACAUCCGAGCCUUCUGUGCAGGCCUGUAUGCCUGCAAAGACAGCCGCAACAGCCCCUGCCUCGUGUAUGUCACGUUCAACCAGAAGAUCUACGUGUACUGGGAGGUGCAGUUGGAGCGGAUGGAGUCCACCAAUCUGCUCAAAGUGCUAGAGGCCCAGCCGGAGUUCCGGGAGCUGCUGGGAGAGCUGGGCGUGGAUCCCGAUGAGCUGCCCGCUGCCCGCGCCCUGCUUCACCAAACCCUCUACCAUCCAGACCAGCCUCCACACUGUGCCCUUGCGGGCCCCCAGGACCCCACCUAG